CCGCGCCCUCCGCCGUGGAGGUCGCGCCGGCAAGAUGGCGGCGCCCGUGUCGCCCUUGGUUACUGUGCGCUGCCUGCUGCGGGCACCGGCGCGGUGUGCUGCCCGUGUGCUGCCGGCACGGGCCCUGCCGAGAGCAUUUGCAAGUCAGGCAGCAGAUGAAAAAGUAGCUCUUCGUACUCUUACAGAUGCUAAUUCUAGAGCCUUACUGGUUUGCAAUGGACCUUUGGAACAUUAUGACUUUCUGAUCAAGCAAGAAGAGCUGAGGAACGAUGAACAGCAAAGAAAAGUUGUGCAGCACCUGCAAAAAUUGCACGAAAGUCUUAAAGGCUACAGCAUCAGCUCAAAAAAUUUUCUCUCAAAGCUCUUUGCAAAAAACAAACCUCCGAAAGGUCUUUAUGUCUAUGGAGAUGUUGGCACAGGGAAGACAAUGGUGAUGGACAUGUUCUAUUCUCACUUGGAAGUAGAAAAGAAAAAGAGAGUCCAUUUUCAUGGCUUCAUGCUGGAUGUGCACCAGAGAAUACAUCGCCUUAAGCAGAGCUUGCCUAAGAGAAAGCCAGGACUUAUGGCCAAGUCAUAUGACCCAAUUGCACCAGUAGCAGAGGAAAUAAGUGAAGAAGCGUGUCUCUUAUGUUUUGAUGAAUUUCAGGUCACUGACAUUGCUGAUGCCAUGAUUCUGAAGCAGCUUUUUGAAAACUUGUUCCAAAAUGGGGUUGUCGUUGUGGCAACAUCUAACAGGCCGCCAGAAGAUCUCUAUAAAAACGGUCUUCAGAGAGCUAAUUUUGUACCAUUCAUUGCUGUGCUAAAGAAAUACUGCAGCACGGUCCAGCUGGAUUCUGGAAUAGACUACAGGAAACGAGUGCUUCCUGCUGCUGGAAAACUGUACUACCUCACAAGUGAAGCUGAUGUGGAGGCUGUCAUGGAUAAGUUGUUUGAUGAGCUGGCUCAGAAACAAAAUGAUUUAACUAGACCAAGGAUUCUAAAAGUGCAAGGCAGAGAGCUGAGGCUGAAUAAAGCGUGUGGAACCAUUGCAGACUUCACGUUUGAAGAGCUGUGCGACAGACCUCUUGGGGCCAGUGACUACUUGGAAAUAUCGAAGCAUUUUGACACAGUCUUUGUUCGCGACAUCCCACCUCUUACCAUGGCAAAAAGGACUCAAGCUCGGCGUUUCAUUACUCUGAUUGAUACCUUUUACGAGCAUAAGGUGCGCAUCAUCUGCUCUGCAGCGACUCCUCUCCAAAGCUUGUUUAUGGUGGAAGCUGGCAGCGGUGAGCUGGAGGACAGCAGGGUGUUGAUGGAUGAUUUGGACUUGAGCCAGGAUUCUGCCAAAGGUCUCUCCAUGUUCACGGGAGAAGAGGAGAUCUUUGCAUUUCAGCGUACCAUCUCACGGCUUACAGAAAUGCAGACUGAACAGUACUGGAAAGAUGGGGACAGAAACAAGGAGCAGUUGUAAUUAAAAGCUGAAUAAAAGCACCAGAAAGUAUGCAAAGAAGCAAAACUACAGAGCCAGAAGGCCUCUUAGCACAACUGAAAUAAUAAUGGCACUUUAUCUAAUCUGGACUGUGUUUCUUUCAUUGGACGGUUUUCAUGCUUAGGACAUGCAGACUGAUUCUUCUGUACCCUCAGUGUGUGGGAGUGUCAAAUUGUACCUUCAUUUUGUUUUCUGUGAAAUAUAAUUUGAUGUCGAGGAAGUGGGACUGGAUUAGAAUUAGCCUGGACACGCUGGGCACUGCAAGGGUUCACAGCGGGUCGGGAAUGCUGUUAACUUGUAAGUGCAACUUAAUACUUCCCCUGUAUUUUCCAUUUCUUGCAAGCUGGGCGUGCUCCCUUCACACUGGUAAUGUACCCCUGAACUUUCAUCUCUGCGGCACCUUCCAUCACAGGUGGCACAUCUGCCUUGAGCUGGGGAUGGCAGGACAGUGCUACCGAGGCACAUAGUAGGAGGAAGUGGAGAGUUCCUGCGCACUUGGCGUUGUUACAGCAAUGCAGAUGCUUUGGGAGUCACGUGCUCAAGUCUGGAUUCCUGUUCUGACCACUCCUUUGGCCUGGGAGUUACUGGUACAGGUUAUGCCUGUUUUUAGAGCCUACGCUUAUAGUUUACAAUUGAUGCCACUGGGUUAUGCCCAUGAGAGUGACUACACCUGAUAAUUUUCAUGUAUAUUUAUGCAAAAUCCAAUGAGAAUAUAUUAGGUUUCCUUAGGAAUUGCUAAUCCAUCCAAAGAAUGGAUUUAUGCUUUCAGACAGAUUUUUUUAGGUUUUUCUAAAGAGAGACUGCUGAGAUUCGUGCACGUCUGUGUGUGUACACAGACUCAGAGCUGUAUACUUCAUUUAUACAUGCCUAAAUGUGGAUAAAGCUAGCAUAUAUAACUUAAGUAUGUGGUCAUAUAUUUGUGCGUAGCAGUCUCUGCUCAUCAGCCUGGCCUGCAGUCAGCACUGCUCCCAAAGCACAUUCCUCAAUAAAGCCAUAGCGCAGCCUUGACUUGGCCAGCUAGGAAGCCUUCUGCUGGGAUUCUUUGGUAGGAGCUGCCAGCAAUGGGGCAGAGGAAAUAGGGAAUAUUUCAGAAGCUUUUUGGGGCUGAAAGGGGCUGAAAAAAACAGAAAAAGAUGCUAUAAUCUGUGCAGCAUUUGUGGUAGCACUGAGAGCGUGGGUUGCUGUGUUGAGGUCAGGACAGGAGGAGAAGUUGCUGGGACCAAUCUAUCUGCCAGCCUGGAUGCCUGAGCAGAGAUCGCUGUGGUACCUAUAGAAGAAGCAUAUUUACAUGUAUCCACUUCCUUAAAGAAUGUAAAGCCCUACGAGCUUCUUGUAGGGUGCCAUUUAUGAUUGUGUGGCAUGCAUAAAUUCUCUUUCCAAUGGCAGGUUUGGGGUGGGAGGGACCUGAGGUCAAAUAGCUGCCAGGUGAUUGAGCAGUGACUGAGAUGUGUCCCUGUGGCAUGAAUUAAUUAAAACAUUAAGAUGUUUUAGUUGCCAAAAUGCAAACAAUGAAAUGCCUAUGAAUAAAUUGCCCCUUAAUGGCCUUGAAAUAGCUGGAUUUAUGCUAUCCCAUGUUCCUGUAUGGGAUUUAUGCUAUCCCAAGUUCCAAUGUGGGCUUCUUGAGCUUUUCUUACCUUGUAAACUCACAUCAGCUCAGAUUCACAACCCAUUUCUAUUUAACCUUUAGUUAUUGAGUGAGUGUUAAUGUAAUUUUUGAAACAUUUACAGCAACCUUUCUGGUGCAGUGUGAUGUUUUUGCUGUCACAGAAAGUAAAAUCCAUGUGAUUAUGGACCACAUGAAGUGCUUCAUGUUGGUUUGUAAAGGCCUCAUCCUGGCUGAGAAUCUCUUGGCCAACAUGUGGCAGAAUACCUGACUGAGAAAGGAAUCAUAGAA